AUGUCUUUCUUUCCGCGGACCAUAGAAAAGGUUGCCAUUAUUGGCGGAGGCCCCUGCGGUGCGGGUGCUGCGAAGGCACUACUUGGCGAGGAAACCUUUAAGCAGAUCAAGAUUUAUGAAAAGCGACCAGUGGCUGGUGGACUAUGGAAUUAUUACGAAGAGCCUCCGAAGGUGGAAUACCCUUCGCUAGAUCCUUUUGCCAUUGUCAAACCUCAGAAAUUGGAUGAUCCUGAGAAAAUCUACGGUAAAGAGGUGGUUUCCAGUGGAAGAGCAGGUACAGACUAUUUCUGGCCCACUGCCGUUUACGAGCUGCUGGAUACGAAUGUCUGUUCCUCCAUAAUGGAGUAUGCGAACUUUCCCUGGGAAAAGGGAAUUCCACUAUUUCCCAAGAGAGCAGAUGUUUUGAACUAUAUUAGAAAUUACACCAAAGAAGUGGAACAUUUGAUCACUUUUGGGGUAAACGUUUUCCAGGUGACUCAACUGCCCAAUCAGAGCUGGGAAAUUAAAUCCCGACAAAUUAACGAGGCAACCAACGGUGGGUUACUUUCAGAUCCUCGCUACGAGACUACGGAAAUUUUCGAUGCGGUUAUAUUGGCAGUUGGCUCAUACGAUAUGCCCCAUGUUCCAGAGAAAAAGGGCUUGGCCCAGUGGUUAGAGAAGUACCCAGACUCAAUAUCACACUCGAAGUCAUAUAGACACCCCAGACAGUUCGAGAACUUACAUGGACAAAUCAUCGUCGUGGGUAAUUCUGCUUCUGCGUCUGACAUCGCAUUUCAGCUGGUGACGGUGCUAGACAGGAGUGUCUACAAAUCGUGCCGGUCGGAGAACUUACUCCCUGCAGGUUCCGAUGAGAGAAUUAAGGAGAUUAAAGACAUAGACUUUUUCGAUGCCGAGAACAAAACUGUCCAUUUAAUAGAUGGUACUUCAGUGGAUAAUGUGGAUCAUGUCAUCUUUGCCACUGGAUUUCUGAGAUCAUUCCCCUUUUUGAAUGGUUUAAACGCACACUCAAAGACGCCUCUCAUCACUGACGGUGCUCGUGUUCAUGGCAUGUACCACCAUUGUCUUUCGCGCAAUUUCCCUGGACUGGGAAUAAUAGGACUUCCACGGUUUGUACUUCCAACACGACUUUCUGAAACUCAAGGAGUCUGGCUCUCGAGGGUGUUCAGUGGAAGACUGCAAGUGCCCUCUGUGGAGGUGAUGAAGAAAGAGGAGGAAGAUAUUGUGACCAGGAAGGGCGAUGGCCGCAACUUUCACGAUAUGAAUUUCCCUGAGGAUGUCCUGCACUAUCGUAUGUUAAACCGUGAGAUAUAUUCUGCUGGACUUGACCAUGGCUUCAUGCCUGUACCCUGGAACGAAGAACAAACCAGACUGAGAGGCAGCAUCAAACAGCUCAAAGAGGCCUACAUUGCAUAUAGAAGACGCACGGGGAAACUUGCAUCCACGAUCGAGGAACUGGAGCGUGAGGAGGGAUUCGUGAUGCCCGAAGUUGAUAAGGCACUUUUUGGCUUCGAAUAG